AUGGAACGUGUACUAGGUAAUAAGGAUCAUUACCUAAUUUACCACGUGACGGACCGAUCCGGUCCAUUUAAUGAGAUCAUUACCUCAGACGCGCUUAAUGAUUUAGUCCACGAUAGAUCUUUCCAAAGGAUGCCACUUCCUAAGAAAGAUGUCCCAAAAUCUUUCUCUUACAAAAAGGGUUCGUCAGGUUCGUCAUCAUUGCAAAGAUCAAUUUUUAACACAAAUGUCAAAAAUGUUGAUGAAAUGAAAGCUCUCACGAAUUGUUCACCGAAAGAACUGAAGGAAAAGUUGGAUAAAAAUAAUAAAUUGCUAGAAAACGAGGAGAUCAUUUCAAAAUUAGCCGAUAAAGGGCAAAAACUUCGCGAAAGGAAUAAACUUAUUACUGAAUUACUUCAGAAGCAUGAAUCAAACCUUUUAACUUCCACUAGUGAAUUGGAAAAUUUGAUAAGCAAGAUGAACAUUGGUGAGGAAGGCGCAAUACAAACUUGUGCAAUGUCAAAGAUAACACCGGUCUCCCUUGGGAAUAAAAAAAAAGGGCGAUUUUAUAACCCAAGUGCUAAAGCAAAUCAAAUUUCAAUUGAAGAGUCCAUUAAACUACAAGAACGUCAAGAAAGGCUACAACAGGAAAUUCGAAUACAUGCAUUAUCUGAGAAAUUUCAACUAAAGACUGUAGACAAAAAGGAUCUUGGUUCUAAAACAAAUCGUUAUGCCAUUGAGAAUGACUUAUCCGAAGGAUCAUAUGAUUCGGAUUCAGGUGACGAAGAAAAUGAGGAGGAGGAUAAUGAUGAUCAUUUAUAA